AUUCAUUUUCCAUCAUGUCCUACCGGCCUCUUUUCUACGCAGUUGGUUUCGGCAUAUUACUUGUUUCACUUCUGUUCUGCCAUGCGUAUGACAUCAACAAUAGCUAUAUCUAUUACCCACUCGCCACAUUCGUCGGAUAUGGUAUCUCGAUGAGGGUGAUCAACUACUUCUCUCCCACAGCGUUUGAUGCUCCGCCACCUCCAGAACCCAAGACCCGUCAAGGGAAGAAGAAGGCUGCUAAAGAAGCAGAGGCUUUAGCAAAACGUGCUGAGAAAAAUGCUAGGAAGGAGGCUGAUGCAGCACGGAAGGCUGCAGAGGCUCGUGCAAGGGACUAGAAUCAAAUGAAUGAUAAUACCAUGCUGGAGUUGCACGUCGAUCGACUAAUAUAGAGAUAUUCUACACUAAUACAAGCUUAAUAAAUACGCACUGACAGUCGU